UCGGUCCGCCACGCGCUGCGUGUUGAAACUCACAUUUGGAACCGAGUCAAAAAGAGGAAAUGAGUCUCUCGUCGCUCGCUCCUUGCGCCUCUGUGAGUUUAGUCCCGUAGCGCCGCAGGAGGGAAACGCUUCAAGGUAAAAUGAAAGACCGACUGUGCGAUCUGCAGAGCUUCCCCGCAGAGGAGGAGAAUGGCCCCAAUGGUAUCCACAGCAACGAGGACGAGGAGCUGCUGGAGCAGCACGCCGUCGUCUUCCAGGGCGAGGACGUGAUGGACAGCAUCUACAAAGACGCCCAGAUGAUGAGGAAGGAGAUGCUGCUCCUCAAGUUGGACGUGAAGCGCAUGGGGAAGCAGAACACGCGCUUCCUCACGUCGGUGAGGAGGUUUAGCAGCAUCAAGCGGGACGCCAACGCGCUCGGCAGGGACAUCAAGGCACGGGGGGAGGCCAUCUACGCCCGGCUGGAGAAGAUGGGGAAGCUGAGCAAGGAGCUGGAAGAAGAGCAUGGCCCCACGUCGGCCGUGGCUCGCAUGGUGCGCUCGCAGUACGUGUCCCUGACCAGCGCCUUCCAUGAAGCCAUAUCCGAGUUCAACGAGGCCGAAAUGAUCCAGAGGGAGAACUGCAAAAACCGCAUCCAGAGGCAAGCGGAGAUCAUGGGCAAGGAGGUGAGCAGGGAGCAGAUAGACGAGAUGAUCGAGACGGGGAAGUGCAACAUCUUCGCGGAUAAUCUCCUCCAGGAGGGCAGGACUGCCAGGUCGGCUCUGAACGAGAUAGAGAACAGGCACAAGGAGCUGCUGGAGCUGGAGAGCCGCAUCAGGGACAUCCACGAACUCUUCUUUCAGCUGGCGCUGCUGGUGGAGGAGCAGGGCUCUAUGCUGGACAACAUAGAGGCCAACGUUGGCGCGACUCAGGACUACGUCGCUAAAGCGACGGUUCAGAUCAAGAAGGCAGUGAAAUAUAAGAGAAACAAUCCGUGCAAGAAGCUUUUCUGCUGCUGCUUCCCUUGCUGCAAAUGAGACUUCUUUAGCAAAACGAUUCCUUUAUCUGUAUCUACAGAACUGACUCCAGGCAUAAGCAAAGUCUUCAAAUUUGUGUCUACUUUUAAGUGAGCUUUAAGAUUAGAGGGCACUAAAUCAGCUGCUGCCCCAGGAUCCUCCAGAAUCGUGGGCCGGCCAUGUACCUGUGUCUAUUUAAUUUGAAGUGUUGCACUGCAGUGUCCAGCAACAGUACCUUGACAUCACAGUUGUUUGUUCUUUUUUUUUUUUUACAGUGUUAAGAAGAAGGAAGAGUCACUUCAAACCACACACUCAUAUGCAAAACUGAGACAGUGUAAUUUGGAUGUUACAUUUCCUGAUUGUUACUUUGAUUAUAUUUUCAUCAGCGCCCUUUGACCUGCUGUAAAGACAUAAAUCUGAAGCUCUGUCAUUUUUUUUGCAGUGUAAGAUAUUUAAUGUAACUUUCUUUUUCUUUUUUUUUUUUUUUAAGUGAGAUUAAAUGCCUUUGAGUGGUUUUGCCAGCGCGAGUAUGAAGCUAGAAAUAAAAGUGGUCCUGGUUCCUGCUGCAGCUGCUGUUGUUCAACAGGUCUUUAGAAAUACAUUAAGGCCUCUAAUUAAGGGAAGAUUUGUUUACAUGCUUUAUGAAUCUAAAGCCUGGCCAACCUACUUCGCCUACAGGCCUUUUGUUGUCUUACUCGACUGAGAGCUCCCGCAGUUUCAGAUGAAACGGCAUUAUCUUAAGUCAACAGUACACAACAGGAGCCAGUGACGUGAGCCGUCAGCUUUUCUCAUGACCUGAAUCGAUGUGGACGUGUUUGCUUAGGCUGAGCAACAGCAACAAUAGAACGGGGAGCGGAUCAGAAGGCUCUCCGUCCGUGCAGCGUGAGAGCCGAGGCGAAAAUGUGCGACGCGCCAUCUCCCACAGGAGGUGUCAGCUGGCAGCGUGAAGGUGAGUCAGAUGGCCGUGGUUGUCGUGGGCGUUUUUCGAACUGCAACGUUGCCACUCAAUGUUGAAAUGAGUCUGCAAUGAUUGCACUUCCUCCACCAGCAGCAUCGCUGUGGUUGACAUGUCUGCUGGGGUGGAGUGGGGGCUUACAGGCAGCGUGACCGGCUCUGUGCGAGGCGUUGCACCAAGACUUUCACAGAGUUGUUGCCCGUCGGCCUCACACGGCUGCUCGCGUUUUUGUUGUGGCUGGCUGCAGACCCCAGCCUGGCAGAGGCUUAGCUGUAGGAGAUUAGAUUGGAUGGGCUCAAUCCUUGUGGGUUUCCAGCCCCCACGUUUGAUGGGAAGUGUGGCUGUUUGAGAGCUAUCGCCUGUACAUGUAGGCCGGGAAACUCGAGAAGAAAUUCCUUUAAAAUAUUUAAAUAUGACAA